AUGGCCUCGAUCGAGAAGAUCAUGGAACGUCAACACGUCCUAUUCGGCCUUAUCACGCGUUCGGUCGAAAAUCUGAAAAAACUCGGACCGUCCCGAAUAAAUCGCGGCAAUGUGCAGAGUCGCAUUGAAGCAUUAAGGGUUAAUUGGGAUAAAUUUCAAGCUCACGACGAGAAUCUCUUCACCUCGAUCACCCCCGAACAAAAGACACUGCCGUACUUCAAAGAUGAUCUCUAUUCCAUGUGCGAAGAAGCUUUCAUAGACGCACACGGCUACAUGCUCAACAUCCUCGAAAGCCUAGCUCCACCAGUUCCUCAAAAUAUAUCUGCCGCCGAAGCAUCGUUGAGCACAUCUACCGGGUCGCGAUCUCGACGGCUACCACGCAUCGACAUACCGAAGUUCUCAGGCGACUACUCAGAGUGGAGUCACUUCCGGGAUCUUUUCACGUCAAUUAUCAUAGACAAUUCCGAGCUCUCAGAAAUUGAAAAACUCCAUUAUCUCAAAAUGAGCCUUUCUGGCGAACCUUCACAACAUCUAAAAAACAUCGCAAUGACUGGUGAAAACUUCACUCGCGCGUGGGAAAAUCUCAUCUCUUGA